GCGCUCCGGGUACGAACUGCAUCAUAUUCAAGAUGUCGGCGGUGUCUGUGUAUCCCAUGUGUGUCCGGGCGAGCCGGGGCCUGCUCAGACUGAGGCAGGGGGCCCGUUGCUCCACGGCCCCUCCGCUGCUGGAUGUCGUCCGGCCUUUAUCCGCUGACACGUCCAGUAGCAGCGCAACAGGGGGACUGGCACAGGCGAUACUGCAGGAAAGGCUUCAGCAGCAGCAGAAGAGCCAGGAACAGCCUCCUCCAGAGGGUGAAGACUCUGGCCACAAGCAAGAUGAACAGGGCGAGGACAAGAAACAGAAAGAGAACACUGCAUACGCCAAGAAGAUGGUCCUUCGGUUAGCAGGAAUUAUGGGACUUGGAGGCACAGUUGGCAUUGUAUAUAUAUUUGGCAGCAAUUCUGUGGAUGAACAAGGAAAUAAGAUUCCAGAUGAGUUUGAUAAUGAUGUUCCUGUCAUCCAGCAGCUUAGAAGAACCUUUAAAUAUUUCAAAGAUUACAGACAGAUGAUCAUCGAGCCCACAAGCCCAAAGCUUCUUCCAGACCCUCUACGAGAGCCUUAUUACCAGCCUCCAUAUACUCUGGUGCUGGAGCUCACAGAUGUCCUUCUCCAUCCAGAGUGGUCGUUGGCCACAGGUUGGCGUUUUAAGAAGAGGCCUGGCAUCGACUACUUGUUUCAGCAAUUGGCGCCACUUUAUGAGAUAGUCAUCUUCACAUCAGAGACAGGCAUG